GCAAAUUGUGUUUCGUUUAAUUUGCAUUUUUUCUUGAUGCGCAGAUGUUUCUGUAGCGACGAAGACGGCAACAGGAUAUUUGGACAGAUGUGGAGGAGCGAGGCUGAUGAAAUGACUUGCGCUUGCAGUAGAAGAAGAGCUGAGCUAGAAGCUAAAGGUAGAACUGACGUGACUCUUCACUGUACCGCGAAUGGCAACUAUGACCCAUUGCAGUGUGAUGAUGGGGUCUGCUGGUGCGCCGAACCUCGCACUGGGCAGCCUACAGUCCCGCCGGUGCCUGAGGAAAAUAUGAAGACGCUUCCGUGUUACAGUGCCGCAAUGUUAGGAGAACAGUACCUCCGUCGCUGCGAAAGUCUUACCUACGCGCUAGGCAAGAUCCACCAAGAACAAUCAGAACACGGAACUAGUUUCCUGGGGAACCCCAAUACGUUCUGCGAUUACGACGGAAGCUACGGGCCUUAUCAGAUUCAGAACGGCAUUGCCUAUUGCACGAAUAAGGAGGGAGAAAUUCUAGGCGCCUGGCAGGUCAUGUCGAGUGAAAUGGCUGGAAUGAAUUGCAACUGCGCCCGUGACACAAUGAUGCAUUUCCCCGAACGCGGCAUGACCGUCACGGAGGUCUGCCAGGGCAACGGCAAUUAUCGCCCCAACCAGAACGUCGGCGAUGUAUACUAUUGCGUCGACAGGGAUGGCUAUUACAUCGAACUGCUUGAUCAGUGGCCUGCUGACCAAUGUGCUAGUUACGCAUAAAUAAAAAUGGUUAGCAGUAUUUUUUUUUUUCUUUAACAGCGGCAACGUUCGUCCUAACCAGAACGUCGGCGAUGUAUACUACUUCGUUGACAGGGAUGGCUAUUAUAGUGAACUGCUUGAUCAUGCAUAAUAGUGGCCUGCUGCAGACCAAUAUGCUAGUUAUGCAUAAAUAAAGUUGUCUUGUUA